GUGAUUUCCUGUUUUCAAAAAGAUGGCACAGAUUUCUCUGAACCAGUACCUCAGCCAAAUAGAGACAUAUCUUAGUGUAAAGGAUGGCACAUCAGCCGCAGAGCUCCUCUCAUUCAACCACCCCCAUAUCAUCAAUAAGAGACUACAACUGAGGGCGCCAGAAAUAACAUGUGAGGAGUGGUUUGAAUCCCCCUAUGAUGAACUCGUUGCAGGACAUCUCAAGGCUUGCUGGGCCUGGGGACAUGGUGAUUUUAUUGUUGCUUACCAAUGUCAGGCAGCAGUUGUACAAGCGUUCACAAAGGCAUUCCAGGGGCAGAAAGAUGAAAAUUGGGCGCUUCCACUUAUGUUUGCAGUCACACUAGACAUGAGAAGAUUUGCCAAUAAGGCUGACAUACAGUUGAGUGAAAUGGGCAAAGGAAGGCCGGGAGAAACUUUAGAAAAGGCAGCAGAAUUACUUAUGGGUUGCUUCAGAGUAUGCGCUUCAGACAAUCGGGCAUCUGUUGAUGACUCCAAGAAGUGGGGCAUGUUGAAUCUUGUGAACCAGUUGUUUAAAAUUUACUUUAAGAUAAACAAGUUACAUUUAUGUAAACCGCUGAUACGAGCUAUAGACAGUCUCCCGAUAAAGGACAAGUUCACAAUCUCACAGAUGAUCACAUUUAGAUAUUAUGUGGGAAGAAAAGCCAUGUUUGAUAGUGAUUUUAAAAGUGCUGAGGAGUACUUAUCAUUUGCCUUCCAGAGAUGCCACAAACACAGCAAGACAAACAAACGUCUCAUACUCAUAUAUCUUCUACCUGUUAAAAUGUUGCUGGGUCACAUGCCUAAACAGUCUCUCCUACAAAAGUAUGAUCUCACACAGUUCUCAGAUGUCGCCCAAGCAGUCAGUUCUGGAAACCUGCUACAAUUGAACAGUGCUCUACAGAAGAAUGAGGCAUUCUUCAUAAAGUGUGGAAUAUACCUUAUCUUAGAGAAGCUUAAAAUCAUCACAUACAGAAAUCUCUUCAAAAAAGUGUAUCUAAUAAUGGGGACCCAUCAAUUGCCUAUAGAUUCAUUCACGACAGCUCUACGGAUGAUGGAAGUUGAGGAUAUUGACAAUGAUGAAGUCCAGUGUAUAGUGGCUAAUCUCAUAUAUGAGGGCAAGAUCAAAGGCUACAUAUCACAUCAGCACCAGAAACUUGUUGUCAGUAAACAAAACCCAUUUCCACCUUUAUCUACGGUUAUGUAACAUAACGUAUGGACUCAGCAAUAUGUGAAUAUUGUGACAUUAUCUCUCAUUGCCAUCAGAAACAGUGAACAGAAAGUUAUUCCAUGUUAAAUCAGAGUGAUGCUGUCUAACAUGGAAACAACAAUAUAAGAUAUCAAAUAUUCUCAUCACUGGCAUUUUUAUUUCUGUAACAUUUCAUACAUAAUACAAAUUACAAACAUUUUACAUAAACAUUUCUUAAUUCGAGUUUUUGUUGGAAAAAUGUUCCUAUAUAAGGGUAUGUGCCGUAUUUAAAUUUGUUGAUACCGUUUUUUGCAAUCACAUGAAUCAGCAGAACUAAAUUUUCACACUUAAUUGUUUUUUACUCCAAAAAUAAUGUCUAGUGUUGAAAAGAAGCACGGAAAGUAUCGCAACAGAUUUCAAAUAGUCAUAUG